AUGGAGCGCGAUAACGUCGGCGCACUCGCUCUCGCCGUCUGCCUUCUCUGCUGCGUCGUCGGCGGCGCCGCCUCGGCCUACUCGGAGCCGGCCGAUCCCAGGCAUCCCACGUGGCAACCUUCCCCUGGUCCUGUGACCGCGCGGCGAGGAUACUACCAGGGCCCUGCUGCGUCGCCGCGCCAAUACCACCACGGCAUCUCGCCGGCGCCAGCGUCGUCGCACUACUCCGCUCCGGCGCCGACCGCCGGGUCCGACGACCUGCCGUCCCUCCCGCCGCCGGUGUACACCCGCGCACCGGAGCCGCAGCAGACGACCACGACGCCGCACUUCGGGUUCCCGCUGGAGCCCACGGUGGGCGUCGCGUCGGCGCGUCCGGCCGGAGCUCCCGCCAGCGGCGAGGGGUACCCGUUCAUAGGCAGCAACCCCACCGUGCCGCUGCCCACCGGCGUCACGGACACCGCCACCGUGCGCCCGCUCCCCGACACAGGCAGCGGCCACGCCGACGCCGACGGCAAGGUAGUGGGCCGUGCCGCUGCGCCCGUCCGAGCCCGGGCCGCCAUGAUUGGUCUCCUGGUCGUCUUCACCAGCGUGAUGUUGUCCUCCUGUUCCUGGAGUAGCUAGCUGAUUGUCCUUGGUUGCUGUGUUAGCUCCGAGAUGUUUUUUACCUGUCACCUGGUUGACUGUAAAUAUGAGCGUGGACCAUGUCUUGUUUGUUUUAGCAUUAGCAUUUCAUCCGCCUACU